AUGCCUACACCAUUAACCCCUAAUGCUUCCUUUAUCAAAGAUGAUACCCCUUAUAAAGAUCCCACUCUAUAUCGUUCCCUAGUGGGUGCUCUUCAGUACUUGACAAUCACAAGGCUUGACAUCUCCUAUGCGGUCAACCAAGUUAGCCAAUUUUUACAAUCACCAGCUGAGGAACAUUUUCAACAUGUUAAGAAUAUCUUUCGGUAUGUUAUAGGAACCAUUGCUUUUAAGCUCACUUUUUCUCGCCCUCACAAGACUACUGUUCUUGGUUACUCUGAUGCUGACUGGGCCCGUUGCCUUCACAAUCGUCGUUCUACUUUUGGUUACUCCAUCUUCCUUGGGGGAAACCUUGUUUUGUGGAGUGCUAUGAAAUAA